AUGGAUUCACAGAAAAUAAAUUCUGUGCUUAUAGCGGUGCGUGAAGCGCCGUUUCGGACCACACUAAUUAGCAGCAAAAGCCCCGAUGAGAAAAGUAUAAUACACUAUCCGGAGAAUUGUCCAAAAGCCCUUUCUGUCAAUGGUAAUGUUUUUAGCUUUGAUUAUGUAUUCAACUCCACUGUGACACAGUCUGAGCUAUACGAUACGCUUGUUCAUCCGCUGGUCCUAAAGGUGUUAUCUGGAUAUGAUUGCACAGCAUUGGCCUAUGGUCAGACCGGCACUGGCAAAAGCUAUUCUAUGGGGAUGAGCGCAGAGAAACUGACAGAGGAACAUAUGGGUGUUGUACCAAGGUGCUUGCAAGACAUAUUGGACCAUACAUGCCUUGCAAAUCAAAAAGAGAACAAUCCUUUGCCGAAGCUUGUUUACGCUUCCUACAUAGAAAUAUAUAAUGAAAGGGCAUACGAUCUUCUUGCCCUCGACACGGAAAAGCCUUUGGCAUCGCGUGGACAGCGGUUCACGGGUGGCACAUGUAAGCCAUUGAGAAACCAACAGGACCUGCUACAUAUACUGAUGUUGGGCACUAAGAAUCGGCAUGUGCGUCCCACCAACAUGAACAAAAAUAGUUCUCGCUCCCAUGCCAUUGUCACCAUCCAUGUUCGACAAGGCCAAAGCCAUGCGCGCCUGAACAUCGUCGAUUUAGCUGGUUCCGAGGGUGUGCGUCGCACUGGUAACGAGGGCAUGGCACGUGCUGAGGGAGUCUAUAUAAAUAUGGGACUCUUGGGUAUAAAUAAAGUGCUGCUCUCCAUGUCUGCUGGGCACACAUUGAUACCCUAUCGAGACUCUAUACUAACAACUGUACUACAAGACUCUCUCAGUGCAGGUGCAUAUUUAACACUGCUGACUUGCAUAAGUCCACAUGCUUCUGAUCUGUCAGAAACGAUCUCCACGCUGCGCUUUGCUAAGAGUGCCAAACAAGUGAAGCUGUCCCCGCAACUGACUCAUCGGUUGCAGCAACUGCAGGAGCAAUUGCGUUCAGCCAAAAAGAAGUCCACCAACGCUACGAGACCGAGCUUACGGCGUGUACAGCCAAUCUCAAAAGUCAUCAAGCGGCCUUUGACUGCUCCCUCACAUGCAGCCACAAGAAAUAGUUUCUCUACGCCAGUCAAAAAUACAGAGGCAAAAAAAAAUUUACAGCGCCAUCACUCCGACAUGGGCUUGACACCUAAGGCCAAAGAAUGUGCACGUGCCUUGCUGGAGCUGCCAGUGGAUUUGAAUCCAGGCCCAAUUGGAUUAUUACCUGUGGUAGAACAGAGCAACUGCAGUCUGGAAGAGGUGAAAACAUCUACGGCGUUGCCAACUAUAAGUGACUAUAUAAAGCUUAAAAUGAAGUACGAUGCACUGCAGCAGCAACUUCACCCAAACGAGCUACAGGAGAAACAGGCUGCUGAGCGGCCUCCGUCAUUGUCACUGCUUAGUUACAGCGACUUCAACUCAGAGCUGUGCUCCAUAGCUGAAGAAAACGAUGAAAUCACUGUUCCGCGCUGUCAAUUCUUUAGCAGUAGUCCUGCCAGUUCCAAUCCGCGAGACCCUAGUCCAGUAAAUGUCAGCGGCAUUUCUCCACUGUCAUCCUCACCCAUUUUUAUGAGCAAACGCAAUACGGAACUAACAGCUGUUAGGCGCCGCUCAACACGUUUAAUGAGCCGACAACUGAACAUAGAAAUAUUUAAUAACUGCCAGGAGCAAACGCAGCGACGGCGCAGUAUGCGAAUUGCCUUACAAACGGAAUUGAAACCAUAUCCGGCUACUGAACAGCCAUCUAAAUCGCUCGUUAAAGUGCAUAAUAAAAAUAACACUGCUAACAAACUAGGUGGCCUAAGCGAGAUUAUUUCAGGGCAGCUUAGCAAUGGUUCUCAGAAUACACGCCUGCGCAAGCAUCGCUCCAAGCUAUUAGCGCUGGUGAACACUGCCAGCAUUAAGGAUCUGCAGGCAUUGCCUUGCAUUGGACCCAAGACAGCCUUUACGUUGAUCAUGCAACGCUCGAUAUUGGGGAACUUUAGAAACUGGCUGCAAGUGCAAAAACUGCCCAUUUGGAAAGGCAGUAGUUGGUCUCGGUUUGCGAAGGCAAAUUGCAUUGAGAUUUAAAAAUUAAAUUUAAUUUAGUGUUUAGAUACUAAGAGCGUGCUCUGAU